AUGGAGAAGACAUCCAUCAAACUCGUCUCGGUAUUGGUUGCAGUACUCUUCCUCGUUGCUCAAUAUGGGGGAGUGGAGGCCAGAUCGACAUUAACUCCAUGCGAACAAGACGGGGAUUGCGCAGCUGUUUGCCCAACUAUCUGCACGGUUCAUGAAACAUGUGAAUGUUACAACAAGAUAUGUAGAUGUCUUGUGGAUAAAGUCAUUAAUCCGGUUGUCAUGGGGAUAAAAAAUCAAUAA